GAGAUUUCGCGGCGAUGGCGACGGAGGUUCGGCGCUAGAAGGGGACGCAUUGAUAGCUGGGCUUUGGCUUGGAUAUGACGGAUGCGUAUUUGUUGGAGAUUGCUUUGCUCUUCAGUUUUUCCAUUGGCUUCGGAUAAAUCCUCGGCCGCGGACUUUUCAACACUCCUUUGACUGAUUUCCAUGUCUUGCUUGUGAGAAUUUCCGAACAGAUUUUCCAGGACAGCAAAUUGUUCAUUGCCAAGUUUCUGCGACACGACUGAGUCGGAGUUCCUUGUUGGGAGACCCACACUCCUUCACAGGGGCCAUGGAGGAGGAGGGGCAGCAGAGCCUGGAGUGUAUUCAGGCCAAUCAGAUCUUCCCCAAGAAGUCCCCAGUGCUGGAGGAGGAAAACAUGCAGGUGCCCUUUCCUGAGCUGCAUGGGGAGUUCACGGAGUAUGUAGGGAGAGCAGAGGACGCCAUCAUCGCAAUGUCCAACUACCGCCUACACAUAAAGUUCAAAGAAUCCGUUGUCAAUGUCCCCCUCCAGCUGAUUGAAUGUGUGGAAUGUCGGGAUAUGUUCCAGCUUCAUGUCACCUGUAAGGACUGCAAGGUUGUCAGGUGUCAGUUCUCCACCUUUGAGCAGUGUCAGGAGUGGCUCAAACGUUUGAACGCUGUAGUUCGACCGCCAUCUCGCUUAGAAGACCUCUUCUCCUUCGCCUUCCACGCCUGGUGCAUGGAGGUGUACGCUGGUGAGAAGGAGCAGCACGGCGAGCUGUGCCGGCCAGGAGAACAUGUGACCUCGUGGUUUAAGAAUGAGGUGGAGAGGAUGGGCUUUGACACUCAGAAUGCCUGGAGGAUAUCGGACAUCAACAGCAAGUUCAGGCUUUGCCCCAGCUAUCCUCAGCAGCUGCUGGUGCCAGCCUGGAUCACUGACAAGGAGCUGGAAAAUGUGGCUGCUUUCCGCUCCUGGAAGAGGUUUCCUGCUGUAGUUUACAGGCUUCAGAGCACAGGAGCUGUGAUUGCCCGCUGUGGCCAGCCAGAAGUCAGUUGGUGGGGAUGGAGAAACGCCGACGACGAGCACUUGGUCCAGUCCAUCGCCAAGGCCUGCGCCGUGGACAGCAGCAAUCGCAAACAUCUUCCAAAUGGCAGCUACACCAAUGGCUCAGACCUGCCUGAUACUGAUUUUGAAUCCUCCAUUACCAACAGCUCAGAAGUGGAGACUCUGGCCAUCCAGCCCCACAAGCUGCUGAUCCUGGAUGCUAGGUCGUACGCUGCAGCUGUAGCUAACAGGGCUAAGGGGGGAGGCUGUGAAUGCCCAGAGUACUAUCCCAACUGUGAGGUUGUAUUCAUGGGAAUGGCCAACAUUCACUCCAUCCGCAAGAGUUUCCAGUCACUGCGUUUUCUCUGCACUCAGAUGCCUGAUCCAGCCAACUGGCUUUCUGCACUGGAGAGCACCAAGUGGCUGCAGCACCUGUCUCUGCUGCUGAAGGCGGCCCUGCUGGUGGUCAACGCAGUGGACCGAGACCACAGACCUGUGUUAGUGCAUUGCUCCGAUGGCUGGGACCGCACACCGCAGAUUGUUGCUCUGUCCAAGCUGCUUUUGGACCCUUACUAUCGCACCAUCGAGGGCUUCCAGGUUUUAGUGGAAACAGAGUGGCUUGACUUUGGUCACAAGUUUGCGGACCGCUGUGGUCAUGGGGAGAACUCUGAGGACCUGAACGAGCGCUGCCCCGUUUUUCUGCAGUGGUUGGACUGUGUUCAUCAGCUACAGAGGCAAUUCCCAUGCUCCUUUGAGUUCAACGAGGCCUUCCUGGUGAAGCUGGUGCAGCACACCUACUCCUGUCUGUUCGGCACCUUCCUGUGUAACAGCGGCAAGGAGAGGGAGGAUCGGCACGUUCAGGAGAGAACCUGCUCCGUGUGGUCACUGCUCCGACCAGCCAACCGCAUGCUGAGAAACAUGCUGUACUCCUCCCACUCUGAAACCGUUCUCCACCCUGUGUGUCAUGUGCGGAACCUGAUGCUGUGGACAGCGGUUUACCUGCCCAGCUCCUCCCCCACGACCCCCUCCGAUGACUCCUGUGCCCCCUAUCCUGAACCCGGUGCCAACUCGGAGGAUGUGCCCCUGGGCAGACGUACAAAAACUCGCUCUUUUGACAACUUGCCCAGUGCAUGUGAGCUAGGAAGCGCACUGGCUCCCAACCGUCGCUCCAGUGACCCGAGCCUCAAUGAGAAGUGGCAGGACCACCGGCGCUCUCUGGAGCUCAACAUGGCAGUGGGUUCCGAGGGAGGGGGUUAUCAAGAGAUACAGCCCAACGGAGAAGGGCCAUGUACUGAUGGACAGCACUCAGAAUUAGGUGAGAGCCAGCAGUCCCAGGAAUCCCGGACUGUGCUCCGACAGGACAUCCCCGUAAGCCCAGCUGGAGAGGAGGUAGAGAAGGCGGAGCUCUCUGUAGUGGUCGGUGUGGCUGAGGGACAAAUGGAGAAUAUCCUUCAGGAAGCCAGAGAGGAAGCAGGAGCAGAUAUACAUGGACAGAGACCUGCUGCUGUCAUUAAGGGCAUUACUGCUGCUGACACAGAAGUGAAAAGUGAGGGGGAGAAUCUGAUGAUUGUUAAUGGAACUGAGAUGCACAGAGAUAUGUUUGCAAAUGGUCACCAUCCUAAAAACAUUGUGGCGGAGGCUGAGGAAGAUGGUGAUUCUGCUCCUCUGCCUUUACAGAAGGAAGAGAGGCUCGAUCAGCACCCAGGUGACAACACUCAAACACCAGAGGGCGAUGUUGAGCAGGGUGUCAAGUACGCUUCUGUUAAAGAGGAGCCCCUCUCAGGAGAGCAGCAGCCAUCUGCAGCCCAUAGAACUGUCACUAAUGGCUUUGUGGACAGGUCACCUGAGGAACAGGAUGUAGAUGAAACCUGUCCUGUCUCUGAACCUGAGCACGGUGUCUCAGAACUGGGGGAGCAGGUGGAUAAGAGGGUGUCCCUCAUGGAAAGCUCCACAGAGACUUUAACUGAAGAAGCCUGUGGCAAACUGGAGCCUCCUGGACAACAAAGUGUUUUACUGAACCGUCAGCUGCAAUGUGAUGGCAGGAGCCAACAUCCUUGCUUCCGGAAGGACAAGGAGACAGCUGAGCAUGGCUUUAACAGGACUUUAAAUGGGAGCAUCAAACAUGCCUCAGUCAGUGCCUUUCAGUCUGCCAGUGCUGAGCUAAGCAGGGAAGGGCUAUGUAAUGGAGACUGCACCGAUGGAGACCCCUACAUUGGACCUCAUUGGUCCAAAGGGAACGGGGAACGAGCCCCUCUGAGUCGACAAGUGUCUAUUGCAAGCUGCAACUCCCUGAUCCUCUAUCCUCGAGGCAGUUGCUCCCAGCACCGCUGGUGCCAUGCUGUGCUGACCCGGGCCACUAUUAGCCCGGAGCAACCCUCCCGCAGCCACCUGGAUGAUGAUGGGCUGACCCUGCACACAGACGCCAUCCAGCAGAGGCUGAGGCAGAUCGAGGCGGGACACCAGAUGGAGGUGGAGACUCUGAAGAAGCAGGUGCAGGAGCUGUGGAGUCGCCUGGAGAAUCAGCAACAUGCUGGCUAUCACAGGAUCAAUGGAGAUAUGGGAGAUGAAGUGACCUCAGUGACCGACUCCGAGUACAACUUGGACCCAAACUGUUUGUCACGCUGCAGCACAGAGCUCUUCUCAGAGGCCAGCUGGGAGCAGGUGGACAAGCAAGACACUGAGGUCACUCGCUGGUACCCUGAUCAUUUGGCUGCCCAGUGUUACGGCUGUGAGAGCAGGUUCUGGCUGGCUGCGAGGAAGCAUCAUUGCAGUUGCAGAGAGGCUGUCCAGGAGGUCUGGAACUGCGGUAAUGUAUUCUGUGCCAGCUGUUGUGACCAAAAGAUCCCAGUGCCAAGCCAGCAGCUGUUUGAGCCCUGUCGUGUCUGUAAGAACUGCUACAGCAGCCUUCAGCUUACCUCAGCUCCUCUUGACCACGAGCUCGAGAAACCCAUCACGGCGAGCUCCAACUGACGGAUGACUGACAAGAACUCAGAGGAGCUGGGUCGAGCCACCAGCCGCUGACACAAGCGCACUGCUCAGGAGCACAGGAGCUACGCAGAUUGUCCCACAUACCAUGUGUGUGGGUGUUUCAGAUCUGGAAUUUCAAGUGUGUAUAUAUUUAGGAUGACAUGCUGGCAAAGCAACAAAACUCUGAAUGUUGGUGUGUGUGUGUGUGUGUGUGUGUGUGUGUGAGACAGAAUUUCUCACACACAUCAGUGGCAGUGAUGAAACUGCACUUCAAGGAGCGAGAAUGGACCUCCUGGUGCCUUGGCCCAGAAAUGCUGAGAGAAGCAUGUAUCACUGUGUUCGCUGAUACCAGGAGGAGCACUUUAGCUGAUUGUUGCAGUAUCUCCCUACCCAUCAAGAGCCCUCCCCAGACUGAUGAGUUACAUCAUUUCUUAGGUUACAUCUAGAUUUUUGUCUGGACAGCGGAAAAGCAAAAGAAACAUCCUGGCAGUAAACAGAGAAUCUCCUCGUAUUGGAAAUAUUCACACAAAUGGUGUAAAGACAAGAACUUGAGAGGUCACCGCAGAGAUCUCAGCACUUAGGUUGUUGGCACCAUUUGGGCUGCUACUGCUACUUUCUUUAUUUGCUGGUUAGCACAUCAUGCUGUCUUAACAGUUCUGUUGUCCCAAGUAAAAUCUCAGACAUCAGGCAGGUGUGAACUUAAAGAGUAGUAAACCAGGUUAAAUGUUUUUGUUUAAUAACAGGACAAAAAGAGCAGAAUUUUUAAACAUGAAAGCAUCUUGAACCAGAGUUGCGGUUUUGCGUUUUCUUGGUUAUUCUUAUUUUUUAGUGAUGCUAUUACUCUUUCAGAAAGUUGGAUUCCACAUUUCUCAUAAAACCAGUUGUCCAAAUCAGAAUGUAAAAAUCCUCACCAUCUUUCUGUCUGAUUUCGUGGUCUUCAUUUUGACUCAUUUUUGCUCUGGAGGAUUUUUGAAAGGCUGUCAAUAUUUCUAAAUCCAGCCUUUUCCAGGGCAGGCAGAGAUUAAAAUUUAAAACAAAAAACUGCAACUUUGAUGUACUUCAGUCAGCUUUCCUGUCAUCAGCAAGAAAGCGUCACGUUCUUGCUUAGACACAGCCUGAUUGAACAGCACCCAUUUCAACAUGUUAUAGAAAAUAAUUUUCCCCAAAGCAAGCUUCAACAUCUCAGUCCUUUGGCUUCAGUUUAAACACAUAGUUGAACCUCAGCUAAGUUUGAGUCUUCUUCCCUCAGUAGCAGUGUCAUUGCAGAAGUACUUAGAUACUAAGUAGUCCUGUUCACUAGUCAAGAAAAGAUUGACGCUGACUGGUGAAAGUAAUCAGAUUCCACGAUUUCCCCACGCAUCUCCACCGUCGACCUUGAGAGUAACUUGGAGCUCUACCCCAGUGAAUGUUAUCACCCAUCUGGUUUGAGAGUUUGUGUAAGACUGCAGAUGAGCUGGAGCUGGUUUAGCCUGAUGUGGACUGAACUUCUACUCCAAGCCUCUGUGCCUUUACUACCAGCAGCUCCCUAGUGUUCCCUCUGCUGAUGAAAAGGCAGGUUUCAAAGUCAGUUUAAGCAUGGUGUUACUAAUCAAUGGCACUUUUAGGGAGACUGGUCUCACUGAUUUGGAGACAUGGAAGAGGGCAGCAGCAGUAGUAGAAAGAGCUCUUUGUGAGAUUGCUCAACAGAACUUCUCUGCUGCACACCUAUUCAAUGACCUCCUUGUGCACACACACACAAACAGACACAUUUUUUUGUAAAAUAAAUGAAUGAAAUAAUAUAUUCAGAUACCUAUAUAGCAUUUGAGAAAACUAUAGAAUUAUUGAAUAGUGGCUCAUUUAAUUAGUCACAUUCCUUUUUAUUUCUUUGUUCUCUUUUGUUAAUAUUACAGAAAAAUACUUAUAUUUUGCAUCCUGUUGGAUUCAAAAGCAGGUUGUCCUGUUUUGAUGCUGCAGUGACUUUCUCCUUUAAAUGCAAUUAUUAUUUGGAGUUUAUUUAUUAAAGAGUUGUUAAAUUCCUGUUAAGAAUCCUGAUAAUUCAUUGCUGCAGGAUAAUCAGUCUCUGAGAUAGGGGAUGAGAGAUGGUUUGGAACUACAAUAGGCUUGUCCUUUUAGGGCUGUUUGCAUUGUUCAAUCACAGCAAGAGGACAGGUUGUCAAUAAGUCCUGUAAUGGCGCGGGGGGGUGCCAUCCUGAGUAAAAGUGAGGGAGAGAGAGGGUUCGUAGCAGCUAGAGUCAUCUAUGCACUGAGAAAACAGUGGUCCAAAAACAAACAGCCUGAACCCAAAAUCAAAACACCUCACCUUUGCUCAGACACAUGACUCCAUUAGCAACAUCUCCAGACACUACCUCUACUUUGUAAUCUUUCAUAUACACGCACACCUGACGUCUAUUUGCUGAGUGAUUUUGGUCAUUCACAUCUUCAAAUAAAGCCUUGGUUUUUGUCAAUGUAAAAAAAAUUCUCUUUUUUGUUGAUUAAAAUAAAACGUUACAAGCUUCACAGCAUAGAUUAGCAUCCUUAUGAUUAUUUUUGGUUAGACGUCCAGUGUUUUAAGUUCCUCAUCCAGCUUGUCAAGAAGCAGCAUGGUAAUUUUGAUCAGCUGAAGUAUACAAAUGUAACGGGAUCUACAUCUAAGCGAGCGUGUGUCCUGAACGCCACGUGUUGUAUUUGUGUGUGUAAACGAGUGCCGUGUGCAGUGGAGCUCCUGCUAGCAGUGAGUUGGUUUUCCUGCCGCCCUGCUGUUGGAGGGCCCCUGCCCCCCAGUGAUGAGAUGGCAUCUUUUCAGUGAAUUGAAUAUUAAAACAUCUGAAGAAGCCUGCGCUUGGGAAACGAGACGAAGCCCGUAACAGUCUACGCAUUAGGUCCUGUUUUGGAGGAGCAAUCUUUCUUUAAUGUUCAUUUGUUUGAGAUAAUCAGACACCCUCAUUCCAAACUAUUUCGCCUAUCAAAACAAUGUGUUCACUAUUUAACAGAUGUUCUUUUUUUUAAUACUCUUUUUAAAGCAAUCUAAGUUAGAAAACAAAGAUGUACAUAGCAUCAGCGGCAGCGUCCAGUUUCCUCCCCACUGCACCCAUACAGUACAAGCCAGCAAGCUGAUCUUCAACAAUCCAUGAAUGUGAAUGGUCUAUAUUAAUUAAUUUUGCACGACAUUAAGUAAACACUGUCACAGAUCAGCUGUGAGUGAAAAAAUUCUGGGGUUUUCAGUAUUUUAAAGAGUAUGAUGAGAGCUGGUUCUGUGUGUGUGUGGGGGGGGGCGGGCAUUUUUUCUCCUCCCAUCUCAAGACGUUUUCUUGAUCUGCAGAUGUUUAUCCUUCUCAGCUUACACCGACAUUUUCUGUCAGACGCUUCACUGCAGCGGCCCAUUAAUCACUGGACGCGUGUGUGUGUCAGGCAUUGCUGUGAGUGAGACUCUGGUGGAGACUGGUGCCAAGCAGUUUAUUACGGGUCUCUCACAAAGGGAUCAGUCAUGUUUUGGUUGGGUUUUCUUCUUAUUUUUCCUUUUCUGUGUUUAAUAAGCACUUUGAACCUUCUGUCUGUCAGAGGAGUGUGUAGCUGUACAUAGCAAUUUCCUGUAACAACAAGUGCUUCUUGUUCAAUCUGGAUAUUUGGUUUUGUUGGAUUUAUAUUACAGAGGAUUACAUUGUUGUAGAAUUAAAAUGAAAAAUAAACUAGCUGAACGUA